CCAGCUGCACGAAUGAAAACAGCAGAUACAGUACUUGUUCUUUCUUCUGUAACAAUGGUUACGUUCUGAAUGGGACUCAGAGUGCAGAGUGUCAAGAAAAUGGCACGUGGUCCUAUGGUGACGAAGUACCACAGUGCACUUCUGUUGUAUGUGAGGAUCCCCAUCGUUGUUAACGACACUGAUGUUGAAAUAAUUUGUGAUAUGAAUAGAGAGGACAAUGAUACAGACACAACUUUUACACAAUUCGGCAGUGUAUGUUGGAUGCAGUGUCCUAAUGAUUAUCUUCUGAAAAAAAGAUAUUUCUAUUAGCCGACACCAUACAAAAUCUGAACGACAUUGUUAGUAGCUUGAUAGAUUUAAGCGGGCAAGCUCUGUCGGAAUCAAACAAAGCACAGGAAUUAGCUGAUGACCUAGACGAACUUGCAGCCGAGUUAGAAUACAACGCAACUGUUGCUGAAAACCAUACCCUUUCUUUGGAAGCAUCUGUACAAACUGCAGUACUUGAAUUAAAUGAGGUUAAGAAGACAUUACAGGAAACUGAACAAUCACUAGCAAAUAAGCAGCAGGAAUAUGAGACGGCAAUGGAAACAAGUGCAGAGAACGCUGACGACUUACUCGACGAAGUUAUUGCCCUCAACCAAACACUUGUUAAUCUUGAGGGACAAAUUGCAGACCUUCAAUUGAAUCUAGACACCUUAUCUGUCAACUUAGCGAUUGCCCUUAAUGCUUCUAUAACGGCAAGACAAGCUGCUGACCAGGUGUUAGUUGACGCAGAAAACGCUCAAGUGAUAGCAGACGAGAAAAAAGCGAUUCAAGAACAAACGGCUAUCGAUGUAUCUCUUGCAAUUGCCAACUUUAAUAACCAGAAUGCAUAUUCCAGUCUCACGAACAUUAUUGUGUCAUCCUAUGCCAUUUGUAACGCAUCUGGACAGUGGGCAAUACCAGGAGAGCCUUAUUGUCUCGAUAUUCAUUCACCGGAAAUGAAAUGCAUACCUGUAGUUACCCAAUUUCUAAAUGUUGGACAAACGUCCGGUCUUGUCACGUGGUCGGAACCAGAGGUCAGUGAUAAUAGCGGAAAUGUGACAAUUUACAAGGUUUCUGGUCCAUCACCCGGAAGUAAUCUUGCAGUAGGUCAAUAUAUCGCCACCUAUCGAGCUGAAGACGAAACUGGAAACAUGGCACCUGAUUGUAAAAUGGUCAUCAACGUAAAUGUUUACAAGUGUGACGACAUAGUUCCAUUCAUUGAAAAUGAAAAUGUCACUGCUGCGUGUGAGAGUUUUGAACUUGGGAGUAUGUGCACAUUGUCGUGCAUUGACAACCUGGUGUUUGAUGGCACAGCUAACGCUACAUGCAAACAAAACGUAUCGACACUUCAAAUGUACUGGGAUUUUAUUGAUACGCCUAAUUGUACUGAAGCCGAGCUAUGUGCUGAGCCGGAACCACCAACAAAUGGUAUUGUAGAGUGUUUAACAGGAACUACAGACUUUGAAAACGAUACAGCUGGUAACACAACUGUGGACACUGGAAUUACAUGCGUGUUUACGUGUAACGAAAGUUAUAUGCUGCCAUAUAAAACGGACAGCGUGUACAAAUGCAGUGAUGAGGGUGUGUGGGAAUCAGACGACUUUCCAACACAGUGUGUCGAGACUGGCGAGGAGAAAAACACAGAGUAUACAUUUCGCCUGAAGUACCAAAUAAACAACACUUGUAGUACCGAGGACACGGACACAUUCGUGGAAAACUUGCUCGAUAUAAUGGCACAGGAAAUGACGUCAUAUACUGCGUGCAUGAUGGGAUACAUGUGUGCGAUUAGUGAAUCGAACGCACCCGAGUGUAGUGACAUAGAACAAACAGUGACUGUAGAUUUUGCAAUAUCCGUUACAUGCGAAGGAGAAGCUACCAGUUUCCCGCUAGAGGCAUCUUGUGAUCUGCUAAAGAACGAGACAUCGUCGCUAGAAAGUUCAAUAAUAAACAGCGUUGAGGUGGACGGUGUACUUGGAUCAAAUGUUCUCUUAGCAAGACGAUGGCUUCAUGCUCCACAUGUGGUCUUCCCUCAAUGUCCGCCAGGAGCUGUUCUUGUUGGAUCAUACUGUUCCCGAUGCUCUGAGGGAUAUUUCUAUUCCACUGAAACGGAUGCUUGCGCGUCUUGUCCUGUGGGUUUUUAUAGUAACAGCACCGGAAGUAUAAGCUGUACCAAAUGUCCAUCAGGAAGUUCAACUCUAAGCAAGAGUUCAAAAGAAUGCACAGAAAUGUGUUCUCCUGGAAGUUAUUCAAGUUCUGGUUUAGAACCGUGUGCAUGUUGUCGAACAGGCACGUAUCAAUCGGAUUGGGAACAGAACACAUGUAUUAAAUGCCAGACAAACACGUGGACCACUGGGGAAAGAAGUGAUUCUGAACAAGAUUGUGUUGAUUACGAUCUCUAUUUUGAUGCGUUUGUGACUGACAUUAACCUUAUUAAAAUUGACACAAAAGCAAGUGUUGUUUUCUGGAUGAAGUAUUACUACGCAACACAACUUACAUUUGGAAUAUACAAUGCAAACGACGAUCCUGUCUUUCAGCUCGACGUGUCAGAAAGCCCACAAAUAAUAGAUGGAUGGGAUAAUGAACCCUUGGAGGUUACAAUGGAGACGGGAACGUGGAAGAUGUUUGGGUUUACUUGGGAUGCCUCUUCUGGUGACACAAAUGUUGUUAGUGUGUACAGCGAUGGAGAACUAAUAAAGACGAUGGAUCUGUCACAAAUGGAUAGUGCAGACAAGUUGAAAAUGUCUGCCAACAACGGAACGUUUCUUUCGGGUCUAAGUAUAUCAAAUGAGACAUUUGCUGAAGACGAGAUGGCGAACAUGUACGCUGAUUGUGGUAACUCACUUGCUGGGGCAAGCUUUUUUCUAGAUGAUCUUGCCGUGAAAAGACUUCCUGCCAUGAAAUACACUACAUCUACUUGUAGAGCUAGUAACGCCAGCAUAGAAGUGGAUCAUUGUGGCACUCAUCAAUGUCAGAAUAAUGGAGCUUGUGUCACUAAUGACGUUGGAUACACGUGUAACUGUACUGAACAAUAUGGCGGUCCUUUUUGUGAAGAAGAACUAGUUCAUGGAAAAUGGAGUGAGUGGUUUGCGGCAGAAGGAUGUUCAGUAUCUUGCGGUAAUGGUACACAGCUCAUGUACAGAUUUUGCAACAAUCCAACCAAGAGUCAGUACGGCGAUGAUUGCGAGGGAAACAGUACAGAAAUGUUCGAUUGUAUAAACGGGAAGUGUCCUGAGUGUGAGCCACCAGAAGUGGAGAGCGUAGAAACGUGUGACAUCGAAGACGAUACUUGUGAAGCGAAAUGUCCUCCAGGUUACGUAAUGCCACGAGGGCAGGACAAUCAAAUGUUUCUAUGCGGCAUGUCAACAAAUUACGAAUGGUUGCCAUUUAACAGACUUCCUAUAUGCACUGAAAGCAAACGCCCCCAGGGAUACAGUGCCACCAUGGUAUUUACAUUCGUAAAUCCAGUACCUUGUGAAAAGGUGGAAGCAGUAUUAGCAAUUAUGACGAAUCUGACAAAUUCUCAACGAUGUGAAACUGAAAACGAGGCUUGCGUGUCAAGUGUGGAAAUCAGAAACUGCGUUGGAACAGGCAAUAGAAGAAAAAGGGCAUCGAACACAGAACUUCUAAUAGUGCUAACAAUUCCAAUCUUGAGUAAUGGAACGUUUGAUCUUGCUGCUUAUUUCGCUACGUCAGUCAUGUCAGAGAGUUUACUAGAAGCCGUUACUUCAAUUUCCGUUCUUGAACAAACCAUUCAAGAUAUCCUAGAUGAUCCGGGCCAGUAUACAGCAGAAGUAGAUGGUGUUACUUACACGAUCAUUGGUAACACAGUUGUUGUUACGACAACCACACUCUGUAAUAGCGGCGAAGUUGCUGUUGGAGCUGUCUGUGCCGAAUGUCAGAAAGGAACCCAUGAGUCAAACGGGUUUUGUGUUUAUUGUAACGGGGGAACUUACCAAUCAAUGGUUGGGCAAAGUACAUGCACGGUAUGCCCUGGUGGCGGAACAACAAACACCAUCGGUGCCAGAAGUGCCAGCGAAUGUAUAUCUUUACCGGAAGAACCGAAAGCUACUGAUCUGACAACUAUAAUCAUCGUCGUGGUCGUGGUUGUUCUAGGUCUUAUUGUAGUCUUCCUUCUCACAUUAAUUGCUAGAAGAUUCUACUUGGGCGCUAAGGAUCGCGAAAAGUACGACAUGGAAGCCGAUAGGAUUUCCCUUUACACUGAUUUUCCGGAUAUAGCCUACAAUGUUUACUUCAAACGCCGACAAGUACUUGGAUUUGACGAAAAGGGUUAUCCAGUAAUUGCAAAGACAAAAUACCAAGCCAAUGGCACGGUUAAAAGGGAUAAACCUGAAGUAGAAACAAUGGAAGAAGGACGAACCUCGCAAAUAUCGAACCAGGAACUUAAGGGGAAAGAAGACGAGCACGUGGGACCGUUUGACUAUGACCCCUACGCACUUUGGGCGGAUGGUACAUUUGUUAACCCAUAUGAGUAUCCACAAGAGGAUACAUUUGACUUCCCUAAAAUAGAACACGCAGUACGGUAUCGCGUACCCGGUCGUAAACAUUUACAGAACAGCUACCCAUUAUCGCAGUUUGGUUAUACAGAAAGUGCGCAUGGGCGAAGUAGAAAAAACUUACCACUUCCUGUAAACAUACCUAUACCAAAGAAAUUACCCCAACUUAUGUAUAGGAAACCGGACACGAUGUCUUUGACAGACAUUUUGAAAAGUCAAUACGGUUUUAGAAAGAUGCAAAAUGAGAAAGAAGAGGGUAUACCGUUUCCUUAUGUACAAGAAGAAACACCUGUUCCUCCGUUGUCACUUAAGAAACAACCAGGAAAGAAAAUCGUCACCAAGGGGAAAGGACGUAAAAUGUCAACUGCAAGUUCGGCCAUUCAGUCAACUCGAUCAGAUGAUGCGUCGUCACGUGCAAGAGUAAAAGCACCAAAGACAGCUAAGCUAUUUAAAGCAAGUUCUGUUAUGAUAUCAAAGCUAACAAACAGAUCACCGCGUUCAACAUCGGCAAUUUCACCGCGAUCUUUGCCAUCAACUGGAACUCCUUCGCCGCGCCCUGCAACAACAAUGGGUCGAUCUCCAAGAUCUACAGACAUUGACGACGACACUCCUCAUCCUAAGCCUUCUAGAUAUGUAGUACCGAAAGGUGGGCCUCUUCCAAAGAACUUACCUUUGCCUACAAAGUCAGCUCUGAAAGUUUCGAUUCCAGACGAACCUAGACCGGACACGGGAAUGACUACUGGCCGAAAAUCUGUUACUAUAAGAGAAGAUGCAAAUACUACGCGACGAUCGACGACAACGUCAAAUCUGCUUCGACCGGCAACUGCUGGGGCUCCACAGAGAACGCAUCCGCAGCCGACAACAGAGGCUGUGUCAGCCAGGGAGACUAUUGCUGCACCAUAUGCUGCAAAACCAAAAUCAAAUUUCAUGUCUACAUCGGACCACCCGAUGCCUUUGCCUUCAGACAUUACGGAAGCAUACAGGCCAACAUCAUCUUUCCAGCGGCCGAUCACUCCAGCGGAACAUCCCAGACCAGUUCUUCAUAGUGGUGUCACUGUAAAACGUUCCUCUGAGCACGCCAUGUUUUUCCCGCCGACAAAUAUAUCUUUCGAACAACAACCGCCCAUUGCGCACACAAUACGGCAAAUGCAACCACCGCCAUUCCUGAACAAAGUUAAACCAGAUGCACGCGUCAGACGAAACUCCAGCUUGAAGCGUGCACGUUUUGAAAUGGGUGAUAAUUCCGAAGAAAGCUCAAUGAAUGGCUCGUUUUUCCUGACCGAAUUACCAGAAGAGCUGUCGGCAUCAAGAGCAUCUUUAGCCGGCUCAUUGUUAUCAAGAACAAGUAAAACUUCCAAGAAGCCAUCGCCCCCACCGGACUAUCAUUCUUCCAGGCAAGAUACACUUAUAGAAAUAUCUUCAAUGAGUAAUUUUGAAGAGUAAAACUUUCAUAGAACUCCUUGAUCGGUUGUGUCAAUAACAACUAACUGUUUGAGAAAAUAGUAUUUGGUUCCUUUUGUAAGAAUAAAAAAGAGGCAUUUUUUUCUCGUCUACACUUUUUAUUUUCAUGAUCAAUGAAAGAAACGCACACACUGACAAUGUACAAAUAUUCCAAAUAUACUAGCUAGUACAAAUGUUUCCAUUAUAUCGAAAGAGAUGAUAUCUUCUGUGGAGAUUUAAUGUUGGUAUCCUUGCGACUAAUAAAAGGAUUACUUAAUUCCGAAAGAAAAGAAAAGAAGAGAAACAUCAUUGAAAACAUGUGUCUAUGUCAUACCCAGAAUGAAAACAAUUAAUUUAAGUACAUUAUUUGUGCAAACACUAUGUAUAACAAUCCGAUGUGUCCAAUAUGAAUAAAUAGCUCAUGUAAUUUUUACAAUCCGUAGUGAUGUUGAACAUUUUACAAUGUGAUAACGCAACAACAAAAAUAUUUUGUUUGUAUCUUAUUAAAAUAUCAACACAAUUAUUUGUAUAUAAUAUAUCGAGUGAGUUAUGUUUAAACCAUUAUGUACAUACAACAGAUAUUAUUUUUAUUUCAUAUAGAACACUACACAUUGUUGAUUUGAUAAAGGCACAUCAUGUCUCAGAAUGAAUAAAUCUUUACUUCUUUAGAAAGGGCACACAUGAAUAUUUCAACGUUGAAAUAAGUGAGAUGCUUAUCCCAUGAAGAACGUUACGAUAAUUGUGAAAUACUUUGUUAUAUGAAUAGCAAAAUGACCUCCAAACUGUACUAAUUGCCAAACAGCAACAGAUGAAAUAGAUUUUUCAGGUACUUAGCCAAUGAGUUACUUUUCGGAAACAAUAGCUGAACACCAAGCAUUAAAAGCUUUGGAGAAAUAAAAAAGGAGCAUUUCUGAGGUAUAAUGGGCCUUCUAUGUAAUAUUGCAUAGUAGAUAUUUAUAAAAUCAAAGAUGUGUAUGUAAUGCUUAAUGGGAUAAGCAGAGAAGUACGCAACUUCAUAUAUCUUAACGAAUAAGUAAAUAUUGACUUAUUGCGGAUAUUUUCGUAAUACCCCGGAGUUGUUCUCGCCUUUUGUACCUAUUUUUUAGCAUUUUGUCACGUGAGAGGGCGUUUUCAAAAUUUCAAGGUGACGUUAAAUGGAUAAGUAUCAACAUGACGUCUUCAUGGGCCUUGGUCAUUAGUUAUUGUAUAUUCUCAUUUUAUAUGAUGUUAUGAUAUACAUUGCAAUAGUGUCGUUACUCAUAUCUUUAUAUACAAAGUGUCACAGAAUUGAUAAGUCGGGCCGUUUCUCAAUUUUUGUAAACUCUUUAAACUAUCACGGUCUUAAUAUGUCGGAUAGUUUCUCAUAUUUUUGUAGACUCUGUAUACAAAAUGUCACGGCUUCUUUAAAUCGUGUCGUUUUUCAUAUAUUUUUUGUUAACUUACUACAAUGUUAUAUGAUAUAUAUGGGAUGUCUUUUUUCAAAUUUUUGUUCAUUUUUUACAUAUGAUACCAAAGGACAUAGUCGUUCUUUUUGCUGACUUAAUACACAAAAUACCAUAUGAUGUAAAGGAUGUCCCGUCUCUCGUACUUUUUGUAGACUCGAUACACUGAUGUAUCACGUGAUAUAAAUGUAUAAGGCGUGCCACUUUUAUAAUAUUUUUUAUAUCAUUUAACAAUAGUUUUAAUCAAGUAUCUAUUAUGAAAAUAAGAGAUCCUUUUAUCUGUUGAUUUUUGUAAAGCAUAGAACAAUCUUUGGUAUAUGACAUAAUGGUUCGCAGGCAUCGUUGUUUUAUUUGCACAAUUUUCUUACUUUGUAUAAUUAUUAUGAUAAAUUUCUUUAAACAGUAUGCUUAUUUGUUUGUAAGAUAUUAAAUAUUAUGUUUUU